GCAGAGUCCAAUAUAUAACUGUUGUUAGCUCGUGAUAAUGGAAAGCGAUUGUGAAAAAAAGAUAUGUAGUUAUGACAAAUGUAAAAGAGCAACAAGAUAUUUGCUUUAGAUAUUUAUCUUUUGCACAAUUUGUGUGAAUUAAAGAUUCUUUCGUCCGAAAGAAAUUAUGGAUAUCUUUGUAAAGUUGAAUGAGCAAACGGCAGGGAGGGACAAAUUAAUAAGAUUGCUUCAAUAUGGAAGUCGAGCAUACUGGUAUUAUGCACAAAAUGUGCAUAGCACAAGAUAUUCUGCAGAAAUUUUGAGAAGUUUGGAAUUCACUUUUAGCUCAUUUCGAAAAUUGCUGCGCUUUGGAAGAUGCUUAGAUAGCGUUUAUUCUGCUUUAAAAAUGAUGAAGUAUCCUGAUCCUAUAGUAAGAAUAACAUUAACCAUGGCAAAGAUGGCAAAUGCUUUGUACUUACUAGCAGAUCAUUUUAUCUGGAUUGGCAGAGUAGGAAUUUUACGAGUUGAUUUAGAAAAAUGGAAUAAAGUUGCUAAUAAGUAUUGGUUAUUAACUAUUGUUAUGAGUUUAAUAAGAGAUAUUUAUGAGAUUAUCAAGAUUUUGGAACACAAGAAGAAUGUAUUUAAACAAUAUUAUAUAUUAUCCUGUCUAAAAAAUCACAAGGAAAUAACGAUGGAUACUGUUAAAAAUGGAUGUGACUUAUUUAUUCCAUUGACAGCAUUAGGUGUCACAAAAUGUACUCCAGGUACAAUAGGUUUACUUGGAAUGAUUUCUUCAUUAAUUGGUUUAUAUACAAUUAUCGAUCCACUUUAUAAAUCGUCUCCUUAGGAUAAGAUGUUUUGUAAACUCCUAUACUUUUAUACAUGUAAGAUUCGUUACAUUAUUCGUAUAUGUACAUACAUAAUGAGAGAGAAAGAGAGGGGGGAGA